AUGUCUCUGGGUCGGCUCCUGCGGCGCGCCUCCUCCAAGGCCUCCGACCUCUUGACGUUUAACCCCAGUGCAUCAGGGCGCUCAGGCCUGGACGGCGAGAUCAUCUACUCAAAAAACAAUGUGUGCGUGCACCCCACUGAGUUGCUGCCGGGCCUGGCAGAGCACCACCCAGGCUACUUGUGCGUGCACGUGGAGAAGGACGAGAACCUAGGCAGCACUCUCAUUCUGACCUGGGUGCCCAACUCGCGUAUCCAACGGCAAGACGAGGAAGCACUGCGCUACAUCACGCCUGAGAGCUCACCCGUGCGACGAAACGCUCGCCGCAGAGGCAGACGGCCGCGCUCCCGCCCACCGGCUGCACAAGUGGAAGAAGAGGACGAGGAGAGGAACAUCACUUGCAGCUCCUCCGCCGACAGCCAUGCUUCGGUCGCCACCGAGGCCGGGACGGACCCCCUCUUUGCGCAGCACAAGCAGCCGCCCGCGCCCGGCGAGGAAGGUGACGAGGGAUCGUGCGAGCUGUCGGAUGAAGUGAGCCGCGACAGCACCAUGGGCUCCGACUCGGACACCUUUUCCUCGCCUUUCUGCUUGUCGCCGGUCAGCGAGGCGCUGUGCGAGAGCAGUGGCUCGGUGUUCUUGGAUAAUGACAGCAGAGAGCUUUCGGAGGAACUCAUGCAGCAUUCGGCGAGCUCCGCCUCCAGCCUGGACAGCAACGGUCAAUCGCAGGGCGCGCGCUGGGAGGAGCAGCAGAAGGUGCUGGCGCUGGAGCAGCUGUGCGGCGUGUUCCGGGUGGAUCUGGGUCACAUGAGGUCGCUUCGUCUGUUCUUCAGUGAUGAAGCGUGCACUGGCGGCCAGCUGGUGAUUGCCAGUCGAGAGAGCCAGUACAAGGUUCUACACUUUCACCAUGCUGGGCUGGAUAAACUUGCCGAAGUAUUCCAGCAGUGGAAGUGCUGCAGAGAGACGCAGAUUAAAGACCAGGUGGGAAAGUUCACUGAACAAAAACAAAAUGUGAACUGUUCAGUAUUUUCUACUUAUUCCCAUUUGUCGGUCUUUGGCCAGGUUUCUGAUGAAAAGUCCUGCAUGCAGUUUUCCAUCCAGAGAUCCACGCUACCUUCAGCCGAGAGCCACCCAGAGGAGAAGCUGUACCGGAGGCUGGAUGUCACCACUUGGUUACGGCAUCUCAAUCACAACGGCCAAGUGGAGGAGGAGUAUAAACUACGCAAGGCAAUCUUCUUCGGGGGUAUCGACCCAUCCAUCCGUGGCGAGGUGUGGCCCUUCCUGUUACACUACUACAGCUAUGACUCCACUUCACAAGAGAGGGAGGCGUGGAGGCUACAGAAGCGGACACAUUACCACGACAUCCAGCAGAGGAGGUUGUCUAUGAGCCCUGAGGAGCACAGCGACUUUUGGAGGAAGGUCCAGUUCACCGUGGACAAGGACGUGGUGAGGACGGACCGCAGCAACCAGUUCUUCAGGGGAGAAAACAACCCGAACGUGGAGAUCAUGAGGCGCGUCCUGCUCAACUACGCCGUGUUCAACCCCGACAUGGGCUACUGCCAGGGCAUGUCGGACCUGGUGGCCCCGCUCCUGACGGAAAUCCAGGAUGAAAGCGACACCUUCUGGUGCUUCGUUGGCCUCAUGGAGAACACCAUUUUCAUCAGCUCGCCAAGGGAUGAGGACAUGGAGAGGCAGCUGAUGUACCUGCGAGAGCUACUGCGUCUAAUGCUGCCUGACUUCCACCAGCACUUGACGGCGCUGGGCGAGGACGGCCUCCAGCUGCUCUUCUGCCACCGGUGGAUCCUCCUCUGCUUCAAGCGCGAGUUUCCUGACACAGACGCUCUUCGCAUGUGGGAGGCCUGCUGGGCUCACUACCAGACUGAUUACUUCCACCUGUUCCUGUGCGUGGCCAUCAUCGUCCUCUACGGCGAGGAUGUGACGGAGCAGCAGCUGGCCACCGAUCAAAUGCUGCUGCACUUCAGCAACUUGUCUAUGCACAUGAACGGAGAGCUGGUGCUACGCAAGGCACGCAGCCUCCUCUACCAGUUCCGCCUCCUCCCCAGAAUCCCGUGCAGCCUCCAUGACCUGUGUAAACUGUGCGGGCCGGGCAUGUGGGAUAGCCGCUACAUCCCUGCCGUGGAGUGUUCCGGCGAGCACCCGGACUCUCAAAGCUGCCCUUACGGGGGCACGUCCGUGCCGAGGCCCUCCUCGCCCAAGCCCUCCAGAGGUGCCAAAUCUCGAGAUAUUUUCACCUUCAGGAAACAGUCCUGA